AUGAGCUUGAUGAAGACUACGUCUCAGACUCCAGAAGGCUCUGUCACAGGUGAACAGAAGGAAGAGGCUUCUGGGCAGCACCCAGAGCACUGCGGCUGCCUGGGUCUCCGCAUCCUCCCACUGAGGGCCUGGCUGGCCGUGUCUCUGCUGCCCUCCUCCUCCCCGGAGCCGGCUGGUCCUCUCCUUCCAUGCGCUGAUCGCGUGACCCCGUGGGUCCUGCCCUUCCUGCCCACUGACCCCGGCCAGCGGGCGCUGCAGCUCGGCCAGAGCCCCCAGACUCACUGCCCAGAGGCCCAGCCCGGCCCCUCUGAGGGCCUCCCCCAGGGGGCUCUGAAGGGACCAGGCUUCCACCGCUGCUGCGGGCCCAGGGCCAAGGCCUGCGGGGGUGGCACUGCCUCCACCCUCGGCUGGCCUGGAUUUAGUGCAGUUGAAGGCACCCUGGCACCACCAGAACAGAGCAGGCCACGGUGUGACCCGACUCACACCGGAGCGCCUCUGGCCGUCAUCUCCCUGAUACCUCGGCUGCAGGAAUGUCCGAGUCCGGCGGCGAGGCCGGGCCUCCGUCCUGCCAUGUCCCACGAAUGCCGCUACCUCACCCUGCCCAAGAGAAAGCCCAAAAUGGCUGGUGGGCACGUGAGGUUCUUUGACCUGAAGGAUGUGAGGUACGCCCUGAGGGCAGUGGCUGCCCUGACCGCCCGACGGGAGCUCGGAGGCCGGGGCGGGCGUGCUGGCUACCGUGGGAGUGGGAACAGCCUGUUGGAACGCAACCAGGCCACACCCCCAGCGGCCCGCCUCCUCCAGCCACGCCACGCCCCCAGGGGCCCACCUCCUCCAGCCAGGCCACGCCCCCAGGGGCCCGCCUCCUCCAGCCAGGCCACACCCCCAGCGGCCCGCCUCCUCCAGCCAGGCCAUGCCCCCAGCGGCCCACCUCCUCCAGCCAGGCCACGCCCCUGUGACUUGCCCAUCCCCAGCCAGGCCACGCCCCCAGCGGCCCGCCUCCUCCAGCCAGGCCACGCCCCUGAGAAUGUGUCCCUGGCUGACGUCCUGUCCCUGAGGGACCGAGGCCUCAGCGAGCAGGAGGCCUGGGCCGUGUGCCUGGAGUGCAGCCUGUCCAUGCGGAGCGUGGUCCACGCUGCCCUAUUCCAGACCCUGUGCAUCACUCCCGACACCCUGGCCUUCAACACUAGCGGGAAUGUGUGCUUCAUGGAGCAGCUCAGUGAUGACCCUGAGGGAGCCUUUGUCCCCCCAGAGUUCGACCUCACCGGAAACACCUUUGAGGCUCACAUCUACUCCCUGGGGGCAACGCUGAGGGCCGCCUUGGAGUUCGUGUCCGAACCGCAGCUGGAACUCAGGCUGAGCCCAGACCUGGAGACGCUGCUGGGCCAGAUGCAGGCGGAAGACCCCAGGGACCGGCCAGACCUCCAGAGCAUCAUCGCUCUGUGUGAGGAGAAGGUGCGGCCUGCAUCCUCCUGCCGCCUGUGCCGAAGCCUCUCAGCCACCGGGAGGCGAGUACUCUCCAUCGAGUCCUUCGGAGCAUUUCAAGACAUCAACGAGAAUGCCUGGAGAGGGAGACCUGCUCCAAGAAGCACGGGCCCCAAGAGGCCCUCUGGAGACUUCAGCACCGACCCAGAGGCCCUGUCCACCCCAGAAAGCCUGCCACAGCCCUCUGCCUCUGGAGAUAAAGAAGGGGAGGUGGGCCAGGGCUCCAGACCUUCACCCAUGAAGACGCUGCUGUCAGUCCCCAUGAAAAAUGGUGAGGGCCUUGGAGGGGAAGAGCUGGCCAGCCUUGUCCUGGACGCCAGGUGUCCCCUUGGUGAGCUGGACAGAGACACCCUCAAGCGGAGCCCCCUGCGGAAAGUGCAGACCUUCCCCAGGCUGCUGAUGGAUGGCCCCGAGGCCAGCACCCUCUGCCUGUCACUUGCCAGCUCCAAGAAGCAGCUGACCAUAGCCGAAGUCUUUCCUCCGGACCCUAGGAAGGGCUUUCUGGAGGGGAAAAACGGCCUCUCUAGCUUCAAGACACAGCCCAAAAGCAGGCUGUGGCUUGAGCAGGAACCCAAACUCGAGCUGGAAUGGGCGUCCAGACCUGGCUGCCACAUAGACGAAGAACUAGAGGUUUCAUCCCCUGGCCAGAGGCCUGUGGAGAUUGACAAAGCCCUGCUCUGCUCUGUGGACCAUGGAGAUGCAGGCCCCGACACACCAGCCUCUGGAGGUGAAGGAACUCCAGAAGAGACCAGCCCACAAACAAGUGCAACAGCCCCUGAGCUGAGCCUGUCCCUGAAGGGCCUCCUCUCUAAGCUGGGCCGGCCCCUCCGGGAGUGUGAGCUGUGGGCCUUGUGCCUGUCCUGCCUGCGCACACUACAGGGACAUGCAGGACACCCAGCCUGCCUGUGCCUGGACAACGUGCUGGUGGCCACAGACGGGGCCGUGCUUUUCGGGCCUCCACCUGCUCAGGGGGGAGCGGGUCUGCUGGUCGGCCUGGCUCCACCAGUCCCUCAGCGCUCCCUCCUCCUCUCCUGUGCUACCCAGGCCUCCGUGUACUGCGUGGCUGCUGUCCUGUGGACGGCAGCCAAGUUCAGCAUCCCCCGCAACCACAAACUGGCCCUGACACGCAGGCUCAAGAGCCUCCUGCUGGACAUGGCCAGACGCUGUGCCCAAGAGCGGCCGUCUGCAGCCGAAGCCAUCGAGGUCUGCGGGAACUACCUCCUCCAGCGGGGCAUGGACAGCAAGAAGAUUCUGGCACACCUGCGGGCUUCCACCUGCAAGGUCCACCCGGCGGAGCAGGCCAUUGCCCUCCAAAGCACCUUCUCUGUCAUUGAGCUGAAGCCAUGCACAGCCCCUGCCUCUGAGACAGCUCCAGGCUUCCGGCCCAUCGACAGCGGCAGCAGGCGCCAUGCUGGGCCAGGGUCAGCCGCUUGCCGUGAAGGAGCCUGUGAGCGUCCAGCGGCCUCCACCUGUGAGGCCACUCUCUCUAAGCCCAGUGUCCUUGCUCAGGACACAGGUGUGGCCAGACACCAGCUCACCUCACCCAUGGGGACAGCUGAGAUGCCCGCGGAGAGGAGCAGCCCGCUGGACAGGGAGAGCACAGGGACGCAGGCGGUCCAGGGCCUACUUGAGGCCACCAGGCCUGACCAGCCGGCGCCCGACACAGAGCCUGAGGGAGCAGCCGUGGACUCUGCUGGGGCCUCGGUGCCCCGUGGCUCGUCCCCAGAGCGCCCCUGCCCCGCAGGGCCCGUCCCCCCCUCACAGCAGGGGGUCACACCGGGCCCAGCCGCCUCUCCUACCCCCACCCUGCCCCAGCAGGCCCCAGCCUUGCCCCCCGAGCACAAGCCAGAGGGGCAGGCCCCAUCCAGAACCUCUCCGCCUGCAGGAGCCCUGGCCAGCCGCGGCCCACAUCCCCCACGCAAGCCUCCCAGGAGCAAGGCCGCUGAGCCAGAGGUAGCCCUGCCAGGUGUGCAGGGCCCCCUCCUGGCCGCUGGGGGCCCAAACAGCCCCAGGCGCCCAGAGAGCCAUCCUGACAGGCCCCGGCCCCCAGACCGGAAGCUCUGUCCAUCCAGCGUGGACACCCCGUCCCCUCCAACGGCGGCCGCCUGCCCCUCAUUGCAGGAGGCCAUGCGCCUCAUCCAGGAGGAGUUUGCCUUCGAUGGCUACCUGGACAACGGGCUGGAGGCCCUGAUCAUGGGGGAGUAUAUCUACGCCUUGAAAGACCUCACCUUUGCUACGUUUUGUGGUGCCAUAUCUGAGAAGUUCUGCGACCUGUACUGGAAUGAGCAGUUGCUGCAGAAUCUCUUCAAAGUGGUCAACAGGCCAGCCUCGCCCCCCGAGAGCGCUCCUGACCCGCAGAGACCUCACCCCCAGCACUCACCAGGCAGCUGCUCCAUCUACAGCAAGAGGCCCUCACCGCCUGGACUAGGGGAUGAGAAGCCGACUGCAGCCCGGGACAGUGGAGGCCCCUGCUCACCCUCAGCGCUGUCCAGCAGGGACCCUGCUGUGCUCCUGCAAGGAAACUUCGAGGUGGGGUUUCGGCCCCAGAAGUCCAUUAAAGCCGCAGAAAAGCACCAACCUGAGGCCGAAGCAGACAGGCAGCAAGGCCCAGGCCCCGAGCCAGCUGGCAGGGCCUCAGAGCCAGACUCAGGGGCACGGCUGAGCAAGCCGGAGGAGGGUGGCCGCACCGUGUCACCGGGCUCUGCAGAGUUCCGGAGCUGCAGCCCCGGAUGGUCCAGCGCUUUCUAUGAGGCCGACUGUUUUGGUGCUGAUGUCUACAACUAUGUGAAGGAUCUGGGGUGGCAGAAGACCAAUGGGCAUCUGGGACCCGAGGCCCAGAGCCCCGAACUGGAGCAGCAGCUCAUGAUAGAGAAAAGAAACUACAGGAAGACCCUGAAGUUCUACCAGAAGCUCUUACAGAAGGAAAAGCGGGGCAAAGGCUCCGAGGUGAAGACCAUGCUGUGUAAGCUCCGAGGGCAGCUGGAGGAGAUGAAGUCCAAGGUGCAGUUCCUCGGCCUGGUCAGGAAGUACUUACAGGUCACCUAUGCGGAGCGCUGGGGUGUGGAGCCCUGUGCCCUGCCCGUGAUUGUGAACAUUGCCGCCGCCCCCUGUGACACGCUGGACUUCAGCCCCCUGGACGAGUCCUCCUCCCUCAUCUUCUACAACGUCAACAGGCCCCCGUGCGGGGGUGGGCAGAAGGCCCGCGUCCUGCAGGCCGGCACACCUCUGGGGCUCAUGGCCUACCUCUACUCCAGCGGUGCUUUCCUCGAGGGCUACGUGCAGCAGUUCCUCUACACCUUCCGGUACUUCUGCACACCGCAAGACUUCCUGCACUUCCUCCUGGACCGCAUCAGCAGCACCCUGUCCAGGGCCCAUCAGGACCCCACCUCAACCUUCGCCAAGAUCUACCGCCGGAGCCUCUGUGUCCUGCAGGCCUGGGUGGAAGACUGCUACACUGUGGACUUCACAAGGAACGCGGGGCUGCUGGGGCGGCUGGAGGACUUUAUCUCUUCCAAGAUCCUGCCCCUGGACGGCUCUGCUGAGCACCUGCUGGACCUCCUGGAGGUGGGCACUGACCAGCGGGCUGCCUGUGCCUCUCCUGACACAGACCUAGAGGACCCCAAGCAGGCCGAGGACCUCAGACCCUUCACCAGCCUCUGUAAGAAGCUCUCCGAGGAUGGCGCCUCCCGGAAGAGCUUCUCCUGGAAGCUUCCCCGGGGAAACGGGCUGGCCCUGCCCCACAAGGAGCGCCAGUACACCAUCGCAUCCGCCCUGCCCAAGCCCUGCUUCUUUGACGACUUCUACGGCCCCUAUGCCAAAGCCAGCGAGAAGGGGCCCUACUUCCUGACGGGGCACAGCACCCACCAGCUCUUCACUCAGCUCACGCUGCUGCAGCAGGAAUUGUUUCAGAAGUGCCACCCUGUCCACUUUCUCAAUUCACGGGCCCUGGGUGUCACAGAUAAAAGUGCGGCCCUCCCCAGAGCCAACUCUUCAGAGUCUCUGUCUACCAAGACCUGCAGCCUGUUCCUACCCAACUACAUCCAAGACAAGUACCUGGUACAGCUUCUAAGACACGGCGACGAUGUCAGCACCUGGGUGGCUGCCGAGAUCGUGACCAGCUCCACCUCCAAGCUGCAGGUGAACUUGCUGUCCAAAUUCCUGCUGAUUGCGAAAUGUUGUUAUGAGCAGAGGAACUUUGCAACGGCCAUGCAGAUCCUAGGAGGGCUGGAGCACCCAUCUGCAAGGCAGUGCCCUGCCUGGAGAAUCCUUCCUGCAAAGAUCGCCGAGGUCAUGGAGGAGCUCAAAGCUGUGGAGGUCUUCCUGAAGAGCGACAGCCUGUGUCUGAUGGAGGGACGGCGCUUCCGGGCCCAGCCCACGCUGCCCUCGGCCCGCCUCCUGGCCAUGCACAUCCAGCAGCUGGAGACCGGGGGCUUCACCAUGACCAACGGAGCCCACCGGUGGAGCAAGCUCAGGUGCGUGCCGCCCCUGCGGCCCCGGCCAACCUCAGCCUCACCCUCCGAGCACUCCCUUGCCCAGUACCGCCCCCCCACCCAGUUUUUAGUUUAUUUUUAUCUGAUGACCUACAGCCCUCUGGAAGGCUACGAGGAAUUCGGCAGCGAUGUCGUCGUUAACUGGGGUUACCAGAACACCACACACUGUUGGGGAGCUGGAGCUCCUGGGCUCUUCGGGCCCCAGUGGUGUCCUUGGUCUGGUCAGGUUCCUGGGCCCUUCGAGAGGUGGGCCCAGAUCUGGGCUGGCCCCACAGCCCCACUGGAGUGUGAGGAAGUCAUCUUUGUGGCACCCAGACCUCUGACCUGGAGCCCCAGCCCCCCCCUCCCCCCGCCGCUGUCCACACCCUCCGAGGCGCUGGCUUCCAACACUCAGGCAGCAGGCGGCAGCGAGGCCCGGCUGGGCCGGGCCGUGUCUGGUGGUGACGCAGGGCGUGCGGCCGCGGUGGCUGGCUGA